AUGACGGAGAUCUUCGAGGAGCAGCAAGAGAAGGGCAACACUUCGCUUCUUCAGCUGCGGCCGACAGGCGCUCCCCAGCGCGAGACAGAAGACCAGGUGAUGGCUGCUAUGAAGGAGGCAGUGGAGUCCCUGCAGGCGCGGAGGACCAACGGCUCGGUGGUGGAUGCCGAGGCAGCGGUGGACACGGUGCUGGAUGCUUUGCAGGACGGCGUUGGGGCGCAGGACCCCACCUUCAACACCAACGGCACCGCCCAGGUGGUGGAGGAUCCGGUGCUGGCGGCGUUGGAGGACGGCGUGGGGGCCAUGGAGCCCAACUCCGCGGGCCGAUCCCAGGCGAAGCCAUCCAACAGCAGCCAAGCUCCGGCCGAGGCAGCCGUGCCGGAAACAAAGAGUAUCGCGCAGCAAGUGGCAGCAGGCAGGGUGCCAGAGCGCGGCUUCUGGUCGACCCGCUCGGGCGCGCUGGCCGCGGCCGUCGGCUUUGUGGCGGCCACUUGGCUGGGAGUCAUUUGUUUGGCCGCCGGCUUUUGGAUGGCUAUCUUCUCCGGCUGGCGAAGCGACGGGAAGGGCAACCUCCGCGCCACCGUGGAGGCGCUGCGGCGCUGCGGCGCAGCGGACCUGGAGCGGAUCAUGCCCCCCUCGGCAGGCUAUGACUGCGCCUUCUCCAAACCUGUCAGUUCGCGGCAGCUCCUGCGUCUGGAAGUGCGUGUGGAGGGCCCGCUGGGUGCCGCGCUGAAGGCGCCGCUCACCGGCCGCAGCUGUGUGCUGCACUCGGCGGCAGUGUCCAAGCAGCUCCACGACGGCAUGCCGCCGGUGCCGAUGGCCUUCUCAGCGUCGAAUGUGGACUUCGUGGUGUCCUUGCUCGACAACAAGAACACUCGCAUCCACGUGAAGGGCAGCGACGUGUCACUCUUCGACACCAUGGGGAAGUGUGUGGAGCGUACCACCUUCGAUGCUGCGCCGGACAGCUGGCAGGACUUUGUGCUCACGCACCGCUCCGCCGCACCGCAAGGCGCCGAGUGGGGCAGCUCCUCCUUCCGCGCGGACGAGGCCACGCUGGAGUUCCAGGAGGCGGCGCUGCCGGUGGGCGCCGCCGUGACGGUGGUGGGCGAGUUGCACCGCGGGGCAGAUGGAAAGCUGUCCCUGAGGCCCUGGCAAGGCGAGGAGAAGAAGCUUCGAGAGCCAUGGCGCACCUCCUGGGAGAGGGGCUGCGAGGACAAGCUCAGCCGGCGUGCCCCGGACGCGCUGAAACAGAAGGUCUUCAUCAGCGAUGACGAGAAGCUGCUGCAGCGGGAGCCAGAGGUCGACGGCAAGCUGCGGGAAUGCGCCAGCGGCUUCGGCGGCCUCCUGGGCUGA